AUGACCAACUUUUAUGAGCAUGAGGAUGAUGGGUUCGUCGUCAUCUCCACCAACACCUGUCAAUGCUCGGUGACACAAGCAAAAGAACCGAGACUCUUGAGGGCCAUCAGCAAAGUUGCCGACGAAGUUGGUCAAGAAUUUUGGCCAAUCAAUGUUAAGAUUCAUGACAAUCCCGAAUUAGGAUACAAGGAAUUCAUCGCCCAUGAAGCUCUCACUACGUUUAUGAAGCGUCGGCCAGGAUGGAAGGUCACGCCUUCUGCAUAUGGGAUGAAGACGGCGUGGGUGGCGGUCUACGAUACUGGUAAGAAGGGAGCCGUGGUAUCAUUUAACGCAGAAAUGGAUUGCUUACCUGGGAUCGGGCACUCUUGCGGACACAAUCUCAUUGCCAGCGCAUCAGUAGUUGGUGCAAUAGCAGCUGCAGAGAUAAUGAAGGAUGAGAACCUCCCGGGCAAGAUUGUACUUUUCGGAACCCCGGCAGAAGAAGGCGGAGGCGGCAAGAUUCGUCUACUAGAAGCAGGCGCAUACUCAGAUCACAAAGUCGACAUCAGUCUCAUCUCCCAUCCUGGAAUCACCCCCGAUGCCGCGCGGAUGCGUACAACAGCCUACGAGCAAUUCAAGGUAGAAUACUACGGCCGUGAAGCGCAUGCCGCUGCCAACCCGUGGCUUGGAAUCAACGCCCUGGACGCCCUCAUUUCAGCAUAUAAUAACGUCUCCAUGCUCCGCCAGCAGAAUAUGCCAGGCGACAUCGUCCAAGGCUACAUUACCCAUGGCGGCAUCGCCCCCAACAUCAUUCACGCGUAUGCCUCGGGGCAAUUCGUCGUGCGGGCCAGCACACAGUCCCGUCUGGAGGAGCUGAGGAAGAAGGUAUAUGCUUGUUUCGAAGCCGGCGCCAAGGCAACAGGUGCCAGAAUGGUACUCACCAAGGGCGGAGCAUACAAAGACCAUAUCCCGAAUGAGGUGUUGGCGCAGUCGUACACUCGGUACUUUAAUGCGCUGAAUCCAGAGCACAUGAUCUUGGGGAAUGCGGAACUAGACGAAACUAGAGGGACUACGUUGGCGAGUACCGAUCAGGGAGACAUGAGUUAUGCGAUGCCGAGUUUGAGCCCAGAGUUUUAUAUCAGACCAGGUCCGCAGGGACAAGGGCCACAUAAUCCUGAGUUUGCGGAGGCGGCGAGGACCAAGGAUGCGUAUGAGAAGGCUGUGAGGGUUGCGAAGGGGUUGGCUGGUGUGGCGGUGGAUGUGUUGGGUUCGAAGGAGUUGCUGGAGAGUGUGAAGCGGUCGUGGAGGGAGAGGAUGGAUACUGGUGGCCAGUUGUAUGAGGCGAGUUCCAUGUAG